GGAGUGGUUGUGGCAGUGGCACAGGCUGCCCAGUGAGGCAGUGGAGUUACUGUCCCUGGAGGUGUUUAAGAAACAUGUCAUUGUGGCAUUGAGGGACGUGAUUAGUGGGGAAAUAGUAGUGAGAGGUAGAUGGUUGGGCAAGAUGAUCUUGGAGGUCUUUUCCCCCCUUGUUCUAAGUUCAUCUUGUAUCUUUUUUUUUUUUCACAGUUCUAAAAGAAGAUGGUGUAGCUCCUGUUUCUUCUUCCAAUAUAGGAAGUUAGCCCAGUCAAAUGAUUCUGUUCCCAUGGGCCUUUAAUAAGGAUCAUUAAAUUUAAAGGAGACAGAAAUGCUGAUCUCCAUCUUGAGAGGAAGCCACUGACUGCCUAGAAAUUAGGAAGGGCGUGAGAAGUCCAGUUGAUCAAAGUGGAAACUUUUUUUCCUGAGAGCCUUUCCACAUCUGGCUUUUGCAGGCUCUCUGGACGCUCCCCGUUGUGCCAUGUUUUGUGGCUUUCUCUGUAGGAAGAAUUUGUCUUGAUGAAGAUUCCUAACAUUGGUAAUGUGAUGAAUAAAUUUGAGAUCCUUGGGGUUGUAGGUGAAGGAGCCUAUGGUGUUGUACUUAAAUGCAGACACAAGGAGACACAUGAAAUUGUGGCUAUCAAGAAAUUCAAAGACAGUGAAGAAAAUGAAGAAGUCAAAGAAACCACUUUACGAGAGCUUAAAAUGCUUCGCACUUUAAAACAGGAGAACAUAGUGGAGCUGAAGGAAGCCUUCAGAAGAAGAGGAAAAUUAUACUUAGUUUUUGAAUAUGUGGAGAAAAAUAUGCUUGAAUUGCUAGAAGAAAUGCCAAAUGGAGUUCCACCAGAAAAAGUGAAAAGUUAUAUCUACCAGCUAAUUAAAGCAAUUCAUUGGUGUCAUAAGAAUGAUAUCGUCCAUAGAGAUAUCAAACCAGAGAAUCUCUUAAUAAGCCACAAUGAUGUUCUCAAACUGUGUGACUUUGGCUUUGCCCGUAAUCUUUCUGAAGGAAGCAAUGCUAACUAUACAGAAUAUGUGGCUACCAGGUGGUACCGCUCACCUGAACUCUUGCUUGGAGCCCCAUAUGGGAAGGCUGUGGAUAUGUGGUCUGUGGGAUGUAUUCUGGGUGAGCUGAGUGACGGACAGCCCUUGUUCCCAGGGGAGAGCGAGAUUGACCAGCUCUUUACCAUUCAGAAGGUGCUAGGCCCACUGCCAGCUGAGCAGAUGAAGCUCUUCUACAGCAACCCACGCUUCCAUGGACUGAGGUUUCCUGCAGUCAAUCAUCCACAAUCUUUAGAGAGAAGAUACUUGGGAAUUUUAAGUGGUGUUUUGCUUGAUCUUAUGAAGAACUUACUGAAGUUAGAUCCAGCAGACAGAUACUUGACAGAACAAUGUUUGAAUCAUCCUUCAUUUCAAACACAAAGACUCUUGGAUCGCUGUGGAAGCUCACCUUCACGGUCAGCUAAAAGAAAGCCUUACCACGUCGACAGCAACACAUUAUCUAACAGAAAUCAAGCCAGCAAAAGUUCUGCUUUGCAGUCACACCACAGAUCAAACAGCAAGGAUAUACAGACACUAGGGGUUGGCGGGCCAAGAGAAGAAGGUCUUCCAGCAAAUGAAAGCUUUUUAAAUGGAAACCUUUCUGCAGCUGCACAUAGCCCAAUGCAUGCGAAGAAAUCAAGCAACCAGCCUGGAUCUGGCAAUAAAGAUCUAGCCAACAAUAACAUGCCACAUCUUCUUAGUCCAAAGGAAGCAAAGUCAAAAACAGAAUUUGAUUUUAAUGUGGACCCAAAAAGUUCUGAUGGUCCGGGCACAAAGUACCUGAAGUCUAACACCAGAUCUCAGCAGAACCGGCACUCAUUUUUGGAAACGUCUCAGAGCAAAACUGGGACGCUGCAGCCCGGCGAUAAGCAUAGUCGCCACAGCUACAUUGAUACCAUUCCACAGUCUUCUAAGAGUCCUUCGUAUCGGACAAAGUCAAAGAGCCACGGGGUUCUGACAGACUCGAAAUCCGUGGGCAACCUAUCUGAGGCCAGGGCUCAGGCUGCAGAACCAAACAGCAGUCGCUAUUUUCCAUCCAGCUGCAUGGACCUGAACUCUCCUACCAGUCCGACCGCUCCCCGCCAUAGCGAUAACAGAACUUUGCUCAGCCCUUCAGGGAGGAAUAACCGCAGCGAGGGUACCCUGGACACCCGAAGACCUUCAACCAGGCACUCCAAAACAAUGGAGGAGUUAAAACUGCCAGAUCACAUGGAUGGAAGCCAUUCCCACUCGCUCUCUGCUCCGCACGAAUCUUUUUCCUAUGGCCUAGGUUAUACCAGUCCUUUCUCUUCACAACAGCGCCCUCAUAGACACUCUAUGUAUGUGAGCCGGGACAGAGUGAGGUCAAAGGGCUCAGAGGGUGGCUUAAGCGUAGGGCAAGGGAUGGCAGCCAGAGCAAACAGCCUGCAACUGUUAUCUCCACAGGUGCAGCAUAAGUCACUCACAAGGUCUGUUGGCUCUUCACGAGAAGACUGUACAGAAGAUACUAAUAGGCAGAGUGACCAGAUUCCAUCAGAAACAAAUUUAACAAGACCUCCAGUAAAAGAUUCCUCCAGAGAUGUUACAGCUGCAUUUCAUUCACGGCGAAAAUCUGAGGGUGGAGCAUAUCAUGAUCCACACACAGAAGAUGGAGCAUCUACUAAGGAAAAUAGAAUUCUGUAUAAUGAAGCUGUUCCAAGAAGAGUUGGCAGUUUUUACAGAGUUCCAUCUCCACGUCCAGACAGCACGUACAUAGAAAACAAUGUGUCAAACAGAGCCUCUGUACUACCAGCAGACAGCAGCACGGUGGCAAACCACUCAAAGAGACAAACCACCUUUGAUACCUGGAAAAGUCCUGAAAAUCUUAACAGUCACUCUGAACAGCUUAAGGAGAAAGAAAAGCAAGGUUUUUUCAGGGCAAUAAAAAAGAAAAAGAAGAAAUCUCAAACCAUGCCUGGCACUGAUGGUCAGGAUCUCCUGGCGUUACAGAAAGCCAUUCAUUCUUCUAAUCACCAGAGCAACAGGCAGAAGGAUUGGCAUCCUGAGAAGAUGACAGAAAUCCAGCCCCAUAGCCAGCCAUUAAAAUCCCUGCGAAAGCUAUUACACCUCUCCUCAAAUCAUUCUGUCCCCGCUGAGCCUCGCUUCCAACCCUUACCCAGCCAGCCGGCCAAACCUGCUUUUUCUGAAGUGCGAAUCCACCCCAUGAGUCAAAGCUCCAGCAGCGGCAGCAGCAACGCACGGCAAGAGCCGCAGCCAAAGAGCCGGCCAACGCUGCAGAUCCCGAGCCAGCUGGAGCCCACCUGGCACGUCUCCCCCGUCAACAGGAGCGCCAGCGAUGGGCCCCCUUACUCUGAGCAGCCGCCUUCCAAGAGCGGACAGAACGGGCACACGUAUAACCGAACAAACCGGUCACGAAUGCCAAAUCUGAAUGAUCUAAAAGAGACAGCCUUGUAAUUGCUCCAGAAAAUCGGCCAGUUCACAUGGAGGUCAACGUAAGGGAGCGGUGGUAGUUCUGGUGAUGGUAAGACUGUACUUUCAGCUUUAUAAAGGUGUGCAAUAUGUACAUGUGGAGCUAUGCUGUUUGGCACCACAUUGAGAGUCAGGGAUUAUACAGUAAAAUGAGUCGAAUUAGGAAUCACUAGUCAUCAGAAAUGUCACUGGACGAGAGGCAGAGUGUGCCAUACAGGGAGAAAAAUGUAUUGCCAUUUUCUCUCAUUUACAUUCCAGCUUUAGAGCACAUCUCUGUUGGAAAGCUGGGAGAUUUCUGGUAUGUGUUGGCACUUAUAAGGGUGAAAACAUUCAUGUGCAGACCUAUGCCCUUACUACAUUUUUUGCUGCCUAGUUAAAACAGUGGGUUUUAUGUGAUAAAAGUGUAUCCCCGUUAAGGGUUUAAAGUUAAAUUGUGUGUCUUAAAUUUGUUUUUUAAACUUCCAUAUUUGAUAGGAUUUGUAAUAUUUAUUUAUGAUGACCUAAUAUCGUACUGUUAUAAUCAUAUCUUUUAUGUUAUAAUGUAAAGUUAUUUUGAGCUGUUUGAAACAUUGUGAAGCAGUGCAACAGCUACAGUAGUUUCUAUAAAAAACUAACGGUAACAUUUAUAUAUUGCAUCAGGAGUAUUUUAUUCUAUAUAUAAAUAUAUAUAUAAAUGGGAAAUAACUGUCUGUUUUUUAAAUAUACUCAUUUAAAAGAAAAGUAUUGUUAUGACACUAUCUGCCAUAUUUUUAUACAUUUGUGAUAUAAAGUGCAGUAUUAUACUUCUAAUAAAAGGAAGUUGAAUGUCGAUAUAAAUGUGACUGUAACAGUAUGAAUCUUGCUCAGCUACGAGAGCCCAGUAUUAUAGGAAUUACUGGUAACAAACAAAAGACAUCAUUCAAUUCCAAGCGUUAUUAUGGGCUAUUUUGUGGGAAGUAUUGGCUAAAUGUAAGAGACUGCAGAACUGUACAAUAAUCUAAAUGUGGUAUGUUCUCCCCUGUGUCCCUAGCUUUCCUAAUAAUACUAAUGAGAUUUCUGCAUCUGCAUCAAGAGACCAGAGCCCCAGAACGACCUGUGUUGGUGGUUGGGUUUUUUUUCGCUCUAAAGAGAUAAAGUGCCCCAGGACUACAAACUAAAGCAGGUGCUUCUCCACUUAAUAGUAGGGGUGAAAACCAAAGAAACAUAGCAUGAAUUGCAAGUGAAAUGCCACACUUUCACAUUUAAUGCAUAGCAUGGCACUGCGGAUCAUGGUAUGAGCUUUUAUGCAUAUGUAUAUUUUACAUCUUGUUAGCAAUCUAUUAACUACUAAGAUAAACACUGUAUUUAAAUUAAAAGUACUCUUGCACUUUUUAUUAUAUUUCAGGAUGUAUUUAAAGCUACACAUCUGAUAUUUGGAUGUUGAGGGAGAAGGUUGCCGUGCAGCUUAAUUUCUCCUUAGAUCUUAAUGUCCCGAUAUUCCCAUACUCAGUUCAGUGACCAGUCUCAGCAAAAUACUAGAUCUUGGGUUCCAGUUUCCUAUACAGCAUUGUCAGAACUGCCUUUACAUUGGUGAACAUCAAGUGUAGCAAAUAUAUAACCUGAUUCCUCUGUUGCUACUGGCAAAAUAAACUAGAGUUGAGUCAUUAGGAGUUAAAAGAAUUAUGCUGGUCUAAACUUUUGUGCAAUAAGAGGAGAGGCAGGCCUGUAGUGUCAGAACAAUACAAUCUUUCCUUUUUAAAUUCAUUCAUUCAUUCAACUCCCUCAUUACUCUGCAGCAUAGUUCCUUUUUCUAUAUUGCGUCCUUAUAAGACACGUGUACCUGCAAAUAUGUUGUCUGUUCCAAACAGAGAUUAACCUGAAUGUAAACUUGAUGAUUUAGCCAUAGAUGUUAACAGAAGUAGCUAGACAGUAAGAGCUGAACUUCCUAUUUUGAUACAAUGCAAAUUGGACGUGACGUUCGGUACCUCUUGAAUCAUACCAAAGUUCUAACAAUUACUAAUUUGGCACCACCACUUUAAAAUCGUUCGUAUAGAGUACAGUAUGAAGGGAUGGUACAUCGGGUUUGUCCAGGGCAAGAAGUAAGUCUAGUAAGUCAGAAAGACUACAAAAUAAUAAGAAUUCUUCGUCAAUUGCCUGCAAGAAAUGUGUGUGUGAUUUUCUAUAGAUAUUUAUGGUAUAUACUAUAUUUAUAUAU